AUGCCCUGCGGCACUGCCACCAUGUUAUCAUUACUGGGUACAUCGAGACCAGCUUGCCAUUGUGCUCUUGAUCUAUCGCGCCAUCAUCACGAAUACUGGGAUAUGAGGGCUCAUGCUGCGUUCUGGGCCUUUGUUAGUGCAGAAGGUGCGACUACCGUGCUGAGCUGCUUAAUGAGUGACGUGGGCUGGCGCUUGACUGGAGACAGUAGAAGUACUGUCGUUGGUGCAAUUCGCGAGGCGGCGUUGGAGAUCGAAGCUACAUUGCCGCGGGCCAAGAAGAAAAACGUUUCUCUGAUCUCUUUAUAUCGCGGGACCGCCACCCAGUUAAAACGCAACUGUUUUCAGAUCUCGGCUGGUUCGACACAACCCCAAGUAGCCAAAAAGGAAAAUCGAAACGCCACCGAGCUCGUAGUAGCUCUAGUAGCUAGUGCCACUUAG